UCCAGGUUUACUUUGAUCAUUCUUUAAUUUUCCAAACUAUUUUUUCAUUCUUUAACAAACGUUGUAUCGGUGAUUGUAGUGACAAAAAGACAAAAAUGGCUCGAGAUCCAGCUUCAGAACAAUUAAACGAAUACAAGAAGACAGUGAAGGACAAGCUACCUGUCUUAUUAACAGGCAGUGGAGCUCCUAUUGCUAAUAAAACAGCAAGUCUUACUGCUGGCCCAAGAGGACCAUUGCUUCUUCAAGAUUUUGUGUACUUAGAUGAAAUAUCGCAUUUCGAUCGAGAAAGAAUUCCAGAAAGAGUAGUUCACGCUAAAGGAGCUGGUGCUUUUGGUUAUUUCGAGGUCACCCAUGAUAUUACACAAUAUUCAAGAGCUAAAUUAUUUUCAAAAAUUGGAAAAAAAACCCCGAUAGCCGUACGAUUUUCUGCUGUAGGCGGAGAAAGUGGAUCAGCAGACACAGUAAGAGAUCCUAGAGGUUUUGCUGUUAAAUUUUACACCGAAGAAGGAAUAUGGGAUCUUGUUGGAAACAACACUCCAAUAUUUUUUAUAAAAGAUCCAUUACUGUUCGCAAGUUUUAUUCAUUCACAAAAAAGAAAUCCGGUAACUCAUUUAAAAGACAUGGAUAUGUUUUGGGAUUUUCUUUCACUACGUCCUGAGUCAACUCAUCAAGUUAUGAUAUUAUUCAGCGAUCGUGGCAUUCCGGAUGGUUUUCGUUGCAUGCAUGGAUUUGGCUCAAAUACCUUUAAACUUGUUAAUACUGAAAACGAGUUUAUCUACUGUAAAUUUCAUUAUAAGACCGAACAAGGUAUUAAAAACCUCGAUGAUAAAAAAGCUGAAGAAAGAAGAUUACGUGAUCCAGAUUAUGCUAUUAGAGAUUUAUACAAUACGAUAGCUACGGAAAAAUUUCCUUCAUGGACAUUUUACAUACAAGUCAUGUCCGAACAACAGGCUGACAAAUUCCGGUGGAAUCCGUUUGAUGUGACAAAGGUAUGGCCUCACAAAGAGUUUCCACUGAUUCCUGUUGGAAAAAUAGUAUUAAAUAAAAAUCCGACUAAUUAUUUUGCUGAAGUCGAACAAUUGGCCUUUGAUCCCGCACAUUUGGUACCUGGUAUUGAACCAAGCCCAGAUAAAUUACUCCAAGGUCGUCUUGUCUCGUAUGGAGACACUCAUAGACAUCGUCUUGGACCAAAUCAUCUUCAGAUUCCUGUAAACUGUCCUUACAAAUUCAUAUCAGAGAUAAACUAUCAGCGUGAUGGUACGAUGACGAUAUAUGAUCAGAAUGGAGCUCCAAACUAUUAUCCUAAUAGCUUCAAGGGACCUGAAGUACUCCCUGCUGUAAAAUCUCCACCAUUUAGUAUCUUCGGUGAUGCAGACCGUUACGAGCCUGUUAAUGAAGACAAUUUUGGGCAAGCUACAACCUUCUGGCGCCAAGUGCUUGGUGCUGACGCAAAGACUCGACUAGUAAACAAUAUCGUUGCAAGUCUGUCAAAAGCUUCAACUUUCAUCGUUGAACGUGCUAUUAAAAACUUUUCUCAAGUAGACGUUGACUUUGGCAAGAGAUUAAGAGAAGGGUUACAAAAGACAGGAAAAUUUAUUAAUGUUUCUGAAAAAUGCGCUAACUUAUAAAUAUAUUUCGAUUGUUUUGAAAGAUAAUUUCAUAGACGAAUG